AUCAAGGUUUGUUUUUAUUCCGUUUAUGGAACGUUUCACGAGCAACACCGCGCUAGUUUUUGCACUAAUGAUGUUAGUUUUCGCCACCAAUCCCCGCACCAAGCUGUGAGUGAUAAAGUAAAAUAGUUUGCACCGGUUCCAUUGCCCCCGAAAAAUGGCAGAUAACCAAAUUAAACGAUGGCGCUUGCUGCUGUACAUCUCCCGCAUACGGUUUCCACGCUACCCGGCCUACUAUUUUCCCGUGUUUGUGUUGCUGCAAGGGUUCAAAAAGCUUCGGUCCGAGCUGAAACUUCGCUGCCUGGAUUUCUAUCUACAGCCCAUACCGAAUGUCCUUUUCGAACGGCUUCAGUCCGACCAGCUGGUGAACUCGGAACACACACUCUUCGUAUCACCCACAGUGUUCCGGGAGUACGUGGUGGAGCGAGAAAUUAAUUGGAUCAAUCUUGUCCUGAAGGUAGCUAAAUCAACGGAACCAACCGAAACGUUUGCUCAGCCGGACAAAAGUCUUGUGUCGAUCAUACUGAACAAGCAGGAUGUGUCGCUGCUCUGCCAGAUAGCACCCCAUCCGGCAGUGCCGCUCAAUGCACUGUGGGUCAAGGAAAACUUGGUCGAAAAUCUGAACGAACGGUACACCCGCCAUGGAGAACGAUACUGGGGCCGUUUGCAGCGUAUCACCGAAGGGCAGCAUCUGCCAGCGAUUGUCGCCAAAGCGAACAUCUUCAUCUACCAAACGCCGUACGACUUAAGUUCCGACAUGGUCGAUUUCAUCCUGGGACGAUACUUUGAAACGCCCCGCCUGCUCUACCGGAACCACACCUACCAGAUACCACUGACGGAGCGCUUUUUGGGCAACACGUUCUACACGAAAAAUUUCGCCACCCUAGCACACAUGAAGGCGCUUUGGUUUAAAUGCCUAAAUCUCGAUUCGACGGCCGGCGGAUUCGAGAUGAGUGGCAUCGUGCAGAAAAGCCUUACCACCCUCCAGCAAACGACGACGUACAAUAACUUCUUGCUUCCGGAACGGUUCGAUGGGUCGAACAUGCGGCCGAGCUGUCCGUUCGGGUUGCGCAAAUACUACGACUCGCUACGCUCGUCCCUGCAGGCGUACAUGAGGAUGGAAAACAACGGGUUGGUGCAAAACUCGAUUUAUCCCGUGUUUAUGCUGCGUGGCGAACGGGGCAUCGGGAAGCAGGCCGUGCUGCGCUCCGUCGCUAGUGCACUCGGUAUCCCGAUCUACUAUGCGGACUGUAGCGAAAUCAUGACCUCGAUCAGCUCCCAAACGGAAACGAAACUAAGCACGGCAUUUAACAAGGCAAAGGUUUGCGAACCGCUGAUUAUUUGUCUGGAAAACUUUGAAGUGUUCGGUGUGGACAACGAGGGCCACGAGGAUCAGCGGAUAACGGGCUCGUUUCAGGCGGAACUAUCCACCCUGUUCGGGCGCAACUAUUCCCAUCCGGUGGUGGUAGUGGCACUGGCAAACGUGAAAGAAUCCAACACACCCAAACUGACCUCACUGUUCCUGGAGGUGAUACAGCUCCAGCCUCCAACAACGCCCGAACGGUUGGAGCUUUUACGCUGGAUCGGUCUCGGCCACCGGUAUCGGCUUCCGUGCCGCCAGCUGCAAAAGAUCGCGGAUCAAAGCCAAGGUUUUACGCUGUCCGAUUUGGAGCUGCUGUACGGGAAUGCGCUGGAAACGUGGCGUCGUUCGAAGGAAACACGGCUGCAGGCGAAACAUUUCCUGCACUCGCUCGAAAGCAUGCAAGCCACCUUCUCGGACAGUCUCGGUGCACCGAAAGUGCCGAAGGUGCUGUGGUCGGAGAUUGGCGGGCUGGCGAAGCUGAAGUCGGAAAUACAAAACUCGAUCGGUUUGCCGUUACGCCACAAGCAUCUGAUGGGGAAAAAUAUGCGCCGCUCGGGCAUCCUGCUGUACGGGCCACCGGGCACCGGCAAGACGUUGAUUGCGAAAGCGGUCGCGACCGAGUGCAACUUAAGCUUCCUGUCCGUGCAGGGCCCGGAGCUGCUAAACAUGUACGUCGGCCAGAGCGAGCAGAACGUGCGGGAAGUGUUCGCCCGGGCAAGGACCGCUUCGCCGUGCGUGCUGUUUCUGGACGAGCUGGAUUCGUUGGCCCCGAACCGCGGGGUCAGUGGCGAUUCGGGCGGCGUUAUGGACCGUGUGGUUUCGCAAAUGCUCAGCGAGAUGGACGGCAUAUCGAAGGAUCCGGGCCGGCAGAUUUUCAUCCUGGCGGCCACGAAUCGGCCCGAUCUGAUCGAUCCUGCCCUGCUGCGACCGGGCCGGUUCGAUAAGCUGCUUUACGUAGGGCCGAGCUGUACCGUGGAGGACAAGGAAAGUGUGCUGCGUGCUGUGACCGGGCGAUUCCAGCUAGCCGCGAACCUCACGCUGCGAAAGAUCGCCGAACGCUUGCAGCAGGAUAUGACCGGUGCGGAUAUGUACUCGAUCGGCUCGAACGCUUGGCUGAGUGCGGUACGGCGCACGGUAAAGGAAGCGAUUGCAGGAGAUUCCAUCAAUGAGGGUCUCAGUGCGGAACAGGUGAUCGUGACGGAGGAUGAUUUCAAGCAAGCGAUUAAAAAGUUCAUCCCCUCCAUCAGCCCGGCCGAUAUGGCGUACUUUAAUCAGUUGAAGGGCAACUUUAGCGUAUGAAUUGGCGGAGAAAACACGCACACAGGUAACGGGUUUAAGGGAAGCCGGGAAGGAGGAGAGUGGUGAUGGGAAUGGGAGGAGGGGUUUUGUGUUCAUUGUGCAGGAACACGUUUGUUGAUUAAUUUUACGUACGGAUUAAAGACGCGAAGAUGCGUCAUACGUUCGAAAGGAAUGAUGUACGGACCGCAGGAAGAACAUCUUGAUGACAUACGACUAACACCGACAUCAGGAUGCCUUGUCCUCGUACACCGAUACUAGAAUAUUUCAGUUCGGAGAGCAGCCGACAAAUGAAAGUGGAUGGAGCCGUGUGUAAAUAACGCCGCUGUGUGAUUUUGUCUAUUUCAAGCGACCACUUCGUCUGAAGAGCCUCGUUUUCCAAGUGUUUUCGCCAAUGGAUGGUUCUUGAAGGGCUCUAAAUCUUUAAAAUCCCAUAACCUCCCAAAAGGCUUCCUCGUGUUGAGGACAUUCAUUAUCACAGGGGCUUUGUCCUCCAAGGUACCUUAUGGUAUCCUUGAAUACCAAGUUGAGUCUACCAACAGAGCUUGUAGUCGUAAGAGUCCCAGGGCUGGCGAUUUAAGAGACAUACUUGCGAAAAAGGCUUCAUCCACUUGUAGAACUUUCCGACGAAGGAGAGCCUUGACGUAUAUGAGUCUCAAAAGGAUGAGACCGUUGACUCUUAGUGCAGUGUGCAGUGAAGCAGAACAAUCCACAAACGAGACUCGGUUACACUGUUUUGGUUCCACUUAUCACUAGCAAACCGUGACUUUAUUUCGCAAAACAAACAAAACUCUCGUGAUGAAUGUCAGUUACAUUUCUUUCGUGCGCUUUUUGACCCCCCCCCCCCCUCCCCCUUCCUUUCGACCGUGGUCCUUUUUUGUUUCCUCGAUGCUCAAUCCGUGCAGAGCAAAGGAUAACGAACACUAAAGCUAGAAGAUUGGCUGCUGCGCGUAUUCACAGUCUUCGUGUUAAAAUGGUUAAUGUAUCAAAAUUGAAAACCAUGAUUUGAUCCAUUGAACGAUUUGUGUGAUUUAAGGGGGCAGGAGGAGAAGGAUGUUCUUCUUUGAGUAUGAUUUCGUACAAAACGCUAGCGAUCUCCAGCGAUUACGGAUGAAGCGGAUGGGUUUGAGAUUUCGCGCACUGGUAGAAGGGGCAAUCGCCGGCAGAUGUUUCGAGUUCUUGAGUCUUCCGUAGGAUUAUCACUAUCGGGGCAGCAGGACGUGCACACGAAAGGUGGUUUGUAGAAGUAGAAUCGACUAUAUUAAAUUUACAAAACAAAACUACAAUUAAGCGAAAAAAUCGUUAAAAGAAGCAGGGAAAGUACAGUUGCAAAAUUGUAUAGAAUAGGAGAGAAAAAAACAACCGAAUGUAGCAAGUAUUGGAAAGCAUAAAUGCAAAACGCACGCUUACAUGGACACAGCGGGUUUGCUGACGAUGGGGGUUCGGGCGUAGGGCCCUUCUUGAGCAGGACCAGAUCCUGAAAGUUUUAUCGCUCAAGCUAUGCAUGUACAUACUCGUCAAUGAACCACAUCAAAUCGGGGCUGGAGGGUUGUCAACCCCCCCCCCCCUAACAACAAAGACACGUUGCAAUAGUCUAGUUUGCCUUAGCGCAGACAAACGAGCCAGCAAACAGAAAAAAAA